AUGGAAAAGCUGACCAAAUCCGGAGGCCUCGAGGCUUUCAACUUCGGUACCCAGCUCGCAUAUCGUUAUCCACACUUACUGCCUAUGAAAAAGAAGAAUGAAUCAUCUUUUAAAGUCUGGGCUUCCGAAGCGAACCGAACCAAACAAAGUGCUAAUGCUCUCUUUGCCGGUUUGUAUGGUGGUAUUCAGGAGGACAUGAUCGGUCAAGUGAUGGUAAUUGCGGAAGGUGAAGAACAAGGCGCCAAUACUCUGACACCGCACGAAAGUUGUCCUCGAUUUAGCGACACAGCGGGGUCAAAAGAAGCAGGUAUCUGGCUGAAAUACUACACCGACCCGAUUAUUGCUCGGUUCGCAGCUAUGGGCACCAGGUUUAACUUCUCGGCCAAUGAUGUGUUGGCAAUGCAGGAGUUAUGUGGAUAUGAAACCGUCAUACGUGGGUCGUCGCCCUUUUGUCCUAUAUUUACCCCGGAAGAAUGGCUUUCUUUUGAAUAUUAUUUUGACAUCAAAUACCACUAUCAGUUGGGCUAUGGUACCGACAUAUCACCUAGACUCGGCAUGCCUUGGGUCGUGGCAUCGAGCAACCUUCUCAAUGAUACUAAAACUAUGGAUCAAGAUCUUUACGUUAGUUUCACCCAUCGGGAGGAGCCUCCGUUUAUCUUGACAGCACUAGGUCUCUACAAUAAUUCGUGCUAUGCGGAUGCCGACAAUAUCAAUACUACGUUUCCGCUCGAUCAGAUUAAUUACCAGCGUGCGUGGCGGACAAGUGAAAUCAUUCCCGUUCUGGGUCAUGUGGCACUGGAACGUCUGGAAUGCGUGUCCGUUACUCACAAUGGAUCGUUCGUCAGAGUUCUGGUAAAUUCAGCACCAAAGCCCCUACCACAUUGUGCUUCCGGCCCAGGCGGUAGUUGCCCUUUGUCAAACUAUAUGGAUUAUGUUCAGCAGCGCCAUGCACUCUACGGAAAUUUUUCAAAGACUUGUGGAGUCCAAUAUAAGGGUACCACUGAUGUGUUGUCUAUUUAUUCAUGA